AUGUCGUUGGUCCACAUAUCCUCCAAAGAGCAGUUUAGCUCUCUCUUGACGAGUUCCACCAUCGUCGUGACUGACUUUUACGCAGAUUGGUGUGGACCAUGUAAAGCCAUCGCGCCCAUGUACGAGCAGUUGGCCAACCAGCUGUCUCGAAAGAAUCAGAUCACAUUCACCAAAGUCAAUGUCGAUCAGCAACAGGACAUUGCAAAGGCAUACGGAGUUACUGCUAUGCCUACCUUCAUAAUGUUCAAACGCGGCCGUGUCGUAACAACCAUCCGAGGCGCCGACCCUAACAAACUCUCAGAAGCAAUCCGCAAACUCGCCACGGAAGCUAACAACAUGGAAUCAUCAGGAGCCGGCGAAUCCAGCGAUGCCGCAGCCGGAAGCUCGGGAUCAUGGGUUGGAGCUUCUCUGCCGCGAAACUAUGCCGACGUUACCGAUGCCGUGACCAUCAAGGAUUUAGAUAUGGCCAACCGAGACAGCGAAAAGGGUACCGCGAAGAUUAUCUUUGACAACUCGAAGCCAUCUGCGUUGGACAAUAACAAGGGUAAAGGGAAAGAGCCGGAUUGGGUUGAGAGUGAUACAGAUGAGCAGCUUAUGCUGUACAUUCCGUUCAACUCGACGCUGAAAGUGCAUUCGUUGCAGAUCACAUCGUUACCGCCCAAGGAAAGUGACGAUGGCGACGACGAUGAGCUGCCGAUGCGACCCAAAACACUACGAUUGUACACCAACAGAGCAACGAUCCUCGGUUUCGAGGAGGCAGAAGACAUCGACCCUGUUCAGACCGUCAGCAUCGCGCCAGAGGACUGGGAUAGCAAGACGGGCACAGCCAAGGUGGAGUUGCGAUUUGUCAAGUUCCAGAAAGUGAACUCGAUGGUUAUUUUCUUUGUGGAUGGGGAUGGGGAUGGAGAGAAGAUUCGCGUUGACCGGCUACGAGUUAUUGGAGAAGCUGGUCAGGCGAGAGAGAUGGGUAAAUUGGAGAAGAUUGGCGAUGAGGCUGGUGAAUAG